AUGCCGACAAUAUUUUUAUUGCUGGUAAUAUUUUUUAUCUAUCUAUCUAUCUAUCUAUCUGUCUAUCUAUCUAUCUAUCUAUCUAUCUAUCUAUCUAUGUGGGUCCCUUCAUAUCUAUCUAUCUAUCUAUCUAUCUAUCUAUCUAUCUAUCUAUCUAUCUAUCUAUGCCAGUCCCUUCACUAUCUAUCUAUCUAUCUAUCUAUCUAUCUAUCUAUCUAUCUAUCUAUCUAUCUAUCUAUGCCAGUCCCUUCACUAUCUAUCUAUCUAUCUAUCUAUCUAUCCAUCUAUCUAUCUAUCUAUCUAUCUAUCUAUCUAUCUAUUUCAGUAUAUGUUGAUAUGGUUUCAGACGUUGAAGACAUAUAUCGCUUCCGCUAUAUUUUCUUUAUUUCUGUCUAUUUAUUUCUAUCUAUCUAUGUAUUUCUAUCUAUAUAUUUCUUUCUAUUUAUUUCUAUCUAUCUAUCUAUGUAUUUCUAUCUAUGUAUUUCUAUCUAUAUAUUUCUUUCUAUCUAUUUAUUUUUAGCUAUCUAUGUAUUUCUAUCUAUAUAUGUCUUUCUAUCUAUCUAUUUCUAUCUAGCUAUCUAUGUAUUUCUAUCUAUGUAUUUCUAUCUAUAUAUUUCUUUCUACCUAUUUAUUUCUAGCUAUCUAUGUAUUUGCAUCUAUGUAUUCCUAUCUAUUUAUUUCUGUCUUUCUUUCUAUUUAUUUCUAUCUAUCUAUCUAUCUAUCUAUGUAUUUCUAUCUAUUUCUAUCUAUAUAUUUCUUUCUAUCUAUUUAUUUCUAGCUAUCUAUGUAUUUGUAUCUAUGUAUUCCUAUCUAUUUAUUUCUAUGUAUCUAUCUAUGUAUUUCUAUCUAUGUAUUUCUAUCUAUAUAUUUCUUUCUAUCUAUGUAUUUCUAUCUAUCUAUGUAUUUCUAUCUAUGAAUUUCUAUCUAUAUAUUUAUUUCUAUCUAUAUAUUUCUAGCUAUCUAUGUAUUUCUAUCUAUGUAUUUCUUUCUAUCUAUUUAUAUUUCUUUCUUUUUUCCAAUGUUUCAUUGUCUUCUUCUUGCCUUUAUUUUCUCUUCUUCUUUAUAUCGUCUUUCUUUUUGAUCCACUUUUUUUCUGCGCUGUCAUUUUUUAUCUAUAUAUUUCUUCAUUUUUCAUUUGUUGCAUUGACUCUUCUUUGUCAUAUUUUCUCUUCUUCUUUACAUCGUCUUCAUUUUGAUCCAUUUUCAUUUCUUCCUUUUUUCACUUUGUUUCAUUGUCUUCUUCUUUGCUGUAUAUUUUGUGUUCUUCUUUACAUCGUUUUCGUUUUGACCCUUUUUCUUCUUCGCUGUGAUUUUUAUCUAUAUAUUUCUUCCUUUUUCAUUCGUUUCAUUUUCUUUUCUUUGCUGUGUUUUCUCUUCUUCUUCUUCUUUAUAUCGCUUUCUUUUUGA